AUGGAACCCCUCAGCAUCAGACUGUGCGAACCAGACACGCCAACAUUGUUCGAGAACUCGGCCGCUGUAGUGUACCUGGCUUCGGAAUUGCACAUGAACCCUGGAGUGUGGGGGCACAACGUUCAAUUGACCCGAAAUCCUGGCACCAACUGUCUCAUUGUUACGCCCCAUUGGCCGUUUGACUUGUGUCUUGUUGUUGGGAUUAUAGGAUACGCUCUCUCGAUGCCGGGAAUUGUGUAUGUGGAAGUGUCGGAGAUUAUUUGUAAAUCCCACCCAGGCGGAAAACCAAAGGGACCAAAACCCCCAAAGCCCCAACCGCGCAAACCACCACCACCACCACCACCAUCAACAGCAACAUCCCACAUCCAGACACCAAGACUACAACCACCCCUCCCAACAACCUCCCCCUGCGGCACCCUCCCCCUAAACUGGCCUUCCAACCUCCCCUACCUCACCGCCCCUCUCUUCUCUCCCCUUCUUACCCCCUCCCACUACUCAGCCCUUCGCACUCGUCCACCAGCAGAUUCCAUCGAGCCGCUUGACGAGUUACCAGCCGAUUAUGUCGCAGGACCAUGCAAAAAGGCAGUCAUCUUGCCCAUCACAGACAAGAGACAUCCAGCCUGUGGCCAAGCAGGUCUGUUUGCCGCGAGGGACUUGAAGCCGGGAGAGUUGGUAGUGAGGUACCUGGGGGAGAUUCAUCCGGGAGGGGAGGAGUGGGGUGGGAGGUUGGUUUUUCCUCCCAGCGAAGAAGAGGAGGAGGAGAAGGAGGAGGAGGGUGAUGAGGAUGGAAAGACAGAUGAAGUGAAACAAAUGGCGGAGGGAGAAGAAGAAGAAGAAGAACAGUUCAAGUACCACUACAAACAAUCCGACUACGACCUCUGGCUCGACCACGCCCUCGACCUCGCCAUCGACGCCGCGCGGUGCGGCAACGAAGCCCGUUUCGUCAAUGACUACCGCGGCGUUCCCAACCCUGCCUUUCCACCGGGAUAUAAACCCCAAAGCAAGAAAGAAGAACUUUUCAUGAAGCGGCCGAAUGCCGAGUUCAAGGUGGUCUGGGAUCCGCGAAGGCAAGAAAGGACCAUGGCGGUCUAUGUCCUGCCGGCGGGAAAGAAGGCUGUGGGAAGGGCGAGGGAGGUAGGGGUUGCGAGGGGGAGGAGGUGGUGGUCAGUUAUGGGAAGGGGUUUUGGGAGGGGAGGAGGAAGGCGGAGGAGGAGGAGGAGGAGGGUGUACCUCUACUUGUAA